AUGGGCAUGAGACCGACUACACAGUUCCAGGUCAGCAAAGAUGGCUACGGUGUCCACGAUAGCGAUAAUAGCUACGGUGGCGACGAUGGUGGCCAGCGCGAGCGCGCAAGCGACAUUCAUAGCGCUAUUCCCCCCCCCGCAGCUGCACCAGCCCCGAAACAAGAACCUGUUUAUGUAAAAGAAGUUAUGGCGGUCCGCGCUCCUAUUAAAGGAAAUCCGUGGGCGAAGGACCGGUACAAGAAGGCCUACACCACUCUAGACUUUGAUGGCGACGCCACCGUCGCUGUGGGCGCCUGGCGUGUCGUGCUUAUUAGACCGCCGCGGAAAUGUGAAGCUAGUGCUAAGGGCGUCGCCCAGCUUCGUGGACUGAGGGUCCUGACGAGGGCCUCGAUCAUUAUAGCCCAUCAUGAAAGUGCCAAGUUUAUACGAAAUAUAUGCCGUUAUCCUGUUCGCUGCCUGUGCUUCCCUGCUACUAUGUCAUCUGCUUGUGGCGGCCUGCUAUUUCGUAACGCCGAUAUGUUUCGUCGGCUGCUACGGCGGCACUCCCUCGUCGGCCCACUCUACACUUGUAAAGUCAUCACGUACGCGUUUGUCCUUGCUCUACAUGCGGCUGUUCUCUCGCUAGAACUUGCGAGAACAGCAACCUCGGCCUUCUGCGUGCAGCUCACCACACUAGCCGACGCCGUAGCCCGGGCCAAGUACCUCGCGCUGCUGAAUCUAACCGUCAUCUACAUCUCCCCGCACCACUACGGCGUCGCAGAUGUUUUUGGAGUAUCGCUGCAACUAUUCCGGCAGGUCCAUCGCGUGGCGGGGCUGCUGUCUCUGUGUCUCCUUCUGUUCUCCGUCACAGUGGCGCUUGCGGACGACCCCCGCAGAGCCCUGGAGACCGAUGAGGGUCGGUUCGGGCUCAUGAUCAUUGCCUGCAUGGCCGCUCUCGCAACGGCGUCGCUUGCCAAAACGGUCGCGUACGAGGUCUUUCUCAAGGUGCAUGAGAUCUCUGCAGCGCUACUUACGUACCUGCUACUAAGCCGAGUGCUCGCGGAUCCGAGCUUCAGCAGGCUGCCUCUAUACGUCUACGGCGGUGUUGCAGGUCUUCUAAACGUAUACUUUAUAUGUCGGUAUGGUUACUAUAACUUUACGGGAUGGCAUCGGCCACGUCUUAUCUGCUCCGAAAUUGCGGCCUCGAGAAUCCAUGACAGAAGAUGGCUUUAUCUAGAACUCGUGGUGCCUCGACAAGUACAUGCGAGGCCUGAGCAGAAUGACGAAGACGUUAAUCCGGCCGCUUCUUCCUUCGGCCAUGACCGCCGGCGAUCUGGAGAGGCAGACGAUCGUAGUGCGCCGAAGCCGGAAGACGGGGCUGGUUAUUCAGACGAAGCAGGCAGUUAA